UAGGCAGGUGAAUCAGGCUGCACCCCAGCAAGCGAGAGGUGUCAGGGCUUACUCCACGGCCAUGGCCACGGCCACCACCAUGCAUAGGAAGUCCUGGGAGCUGGGCCUGCUGCUUCUGUUGGGGCUGGGGUCCCAGGGCACCCUGCCCCCACCCUGUGACAGCCAGAUUUACUGCCACGGGGAGCUCCUGCACCAAGUUCAGAUGGCCAAGCUCUACCAGGAUGACAAGCAAUUUGUGGACAUGCCGCUGAACUCGGCUCCAGACCAGGUUCUGCAGCGCUUCCGCGAGCUGGCCGCCACCCACAACCAGAGCAUCCCAGAGCAGCUGCGAGCCUUCAUCCAGGAGCACUUCCAGGCCGGGGGGCAGGAGCUGCAGCCCUGGACUCCUGAGGACUGGAAAGACAGCCCCCAGUUCCUACAGAAGAUCUUGGACCCCAAGCUGCGAGCCUGGGGAGGGCAGCUACACGAGCUCUGGAAGAGACUGGGAAAGAAGGUGAAGCCCGAGGUCCUCAGCCACCCGGAGCAGUUCUCUCUCAUCUACGCAGCACACCCCUUCAUCGUGCCUGGGGGGCGCUUCACCGAAUUCUACUACUGGGACUCCUACUGGGUGAUGGAGGGGCUGCUCCUCUCCGAGAUGCCCCAGACGGUGAAGGGCAUGCUGCAGAACUUCCUGGAGCUGGUGCGAAUCUAUGGCCACGUCCCGAACGGGGCCCGCGUGUACUACCUGCAGCGGAGCCAGCCCCCGCUCCUGACCCUCAUGAUGGACCGCUACGUGAGCCACACCAACGACACGGCCUUCCUCCGGGACAGCAUCGGGACCCUGGCCUUGGAAUUGGACUUCUGGACGCAGAACAGGACCGUCUCUGUGAGCUCGGGGGGGAAGAGCUACGUCCUGAAUCACUACGCCGUCCCUUAUGGGGGACCCAGGCCAGAGUCCUACAGCAAAGAUGCCGAGCUGGCAAACACGUUGCCGGAAGGGGACCGGGAGACCCUGUGGGCUGAGCUCAAGGCUGGAGCUGAGUCUGGCUGGGACUUCUCUUCACGGUGGCUCGUUGGAGGCCCAAACCCCAAAUUGCUCAGCAGCACCCGGACCAGCAAAUUCGUGCCUGUUGACCUCAAUGCCUUCCUGUGCCAGGCAGAGGAGCUGAUGAGCAACUUCUAUUCCAGCCUGGGGAACAGCGUCCAAGCCACAAAGUACAGAAAUAUGUGGCAACAGCGCUUGGCUGCCAUGAAGGCCAUCCUGUGGGAUGAGGAGAAAGGUGCCUGGUUUGACUAUGACCUUGAGAACAGAAAGAAGAACCUAGAGUUUUACCCAUCCAACCUCACUCCUCUCUGGUCUGGCUGUUUCUCUGACCCAAACGUCGUGGACAAGGUUCUGAAAUAUCUGGAGGACAGCCAGAUCUUGACCUACCAGUACGGGAUCCCGACCUCUCUCCAGAACACAGGCCAGCAGUGGGACUUCCCCAACGCCUGGGCCCCCCUGCAGGACCUGGUCAUCAGAGGUCUGGCCAAGUCUCCCUCACCUCGGGCCCAGGAAGUGGCUUUCCAGCUGGCUCAGAACUGGGUCCGAACCAACUUUGAGGUCUACUCCAGAGACUCGGCCAUGUAUGAGAAGUAUGACAUCAGCAAUGGUGGUCAGCCAGGUGGUGGAGGGGAGUACGAGGUUCAGGAGGGCUUUGGCUGGACCAAUGGAGUGGUCCUGAUGCUCCUGGAGCGCUAUGGUGACCGGCUGAGCUCGGGCAGCCAGACAGUUUUCCUGCAGCCCCACUGCCUCGUGGCUGCCCUUCUGCUCAGCCUCCUGCUCGGCCCCCUGCCACAGUGAUGGGACUCCUUGUCCCGUGGGCCUCAUUAAACUUCUGUGUGAUUCCCUACCUUCUCCUGCCUCUUCAUCCUCCAUCUUCCACCCCCAGCCAGUCCUGGGGAGAGUCCCAGAAGUCAUGGGUUAAGACACGUGUCCCU